AUGGAGUCGGUGGAGAAAGAGUGUGGAGCGCUAGGUGGAUUAUUCCAGGCCAUCGUAAACGACAUGAAGAGCUCUUACCCUGUGUGGGAAGACUUCAGUGCCAAGGCCACAAAACUGCACUCUCAACUCAGGACAACAAUUCUGGCUGCCGUGGCCUUUUUAGAUGCCUUUCAGAAGGUGGCAGACAUGGCUACCAACUCAAGAGGUGCCACCAGGGACAUCGGUUCGGCUCUGACAAGGAUGUGUAUGCGGCAUCGCAGCAUUGAGGCAAAAUUACGCCACUUUACCAAUGCUCUUAUGGAAGGCCUGGUUACACCACUUCAGGACAGGAUAGAGGAAUGGAAGAAGACAGCCAAUCAGCUGGACAAAGACCAUGCCAAAGAAUACAAGAGGUCUCGUCAGGAAAUCAAAAGGAAGUCAUUAGAUACUAUAAAACUCCAGAAGAAAGCAAGAAAAGAGCUCAUAGGCCGGGGUAAUCUACGCCCACAGCUGGACAGUGCUAUGCAGGAUGUCAGCGACCUGUACCUACUAAUGGAGGAGACGGAGAAGCAGGCUGUGCGCAGAGCUCUUUUGGAAGAGAGAAGCCGUUACUGUACAUUCAUUAACCUGCUGCAGCCUGUUGUGAAUGUGGAGAUUGCCAUGUUGGGAGAGACAACACAUCUACAGGCCAUUGUUGAUGACCUCACAAUGUUGACUGAAGACCCACAUAAACUGCCACCAGCCAGUGAGCAGGUAAUUCGGGACCUGAAAGGCUCAGACUAUAGCUGGUCCUACCAGACUCCUCCAUCCUCCCCCAGCAGCACCGGCUCCAGAAAAAGCAGCAUGUGCAGUCUUCUCCAGAUGCCCUCUGCAGGAGCUCAUCGGCUCAGCAGCGUCUCCUCCCACGACUCAGGCUUUGUCUCCCAGGAUGCCAACACCCACUCGAAGCCUCCGUCACCCAUGCCCUCUGACAUUACCAGCCAGAAAUCAACAAGCUCAGCCUCCUCUGAGGCUUCAGAAACCUGCCAGUCUGUCAGCGAGUGCAACUCUCCCACGGCGUUUGGCUCAUGCUCAUCCUUCGGUACCUUCCGCCCUGCUUUCUCUCACACUGGCACCAUCAGGCCUCUCUCUGUCAUACUUCCUGCGUCCCCCACAUUUAACCACUCCCCUGGAUCCAACACCCCCUCACCCACAUCAAAGGUUCCUAGCUGGAAGGACUGGGCCAAAUCGAAUUCCUGUGAGCCAUCAUUGGCCAGCACUUUGCAGCGUAGGAGGGAGUCGAUGGAUAAGAUGAGAGAACUUGAAGCUCCGCCCAGUCCACUGGGGUAUUCUGGGAUGCAGCCAGAGGAUCCACACAGAGGAAGAAUUGGCACAGGAGCAGCCAAGCAUGGCGAGCCGCUCUCUCCAGCAGCCAGUACUCUGGCCAUGGUUCUGACUCGAGGCUUAAGUAUGGAGCAGCAGAAAAGCAGCAGGGACUCUCUGCAGUACUCCAGCGGCUAUAGCACCCAGACCAACACCCCAUCAUGCUCUGAGGACACUAUACCCUCGCAAGGUUCUGAUUAUGAGUGUUACUCACUCAAUGGAGAUGCUGACAGUGAAGGGCAGGCAGACUUUGACAAGUCCUCCACCAUUCCACGCCACAGCAACAUUGCUCAGAGCUACCGCCGCAUGAUCCAAACGAAGAGGCCCGCCAGCACAGCAGGUCUGCCUGCUGGUAAAUCCCUGCAGGGAACUCCAAACGGCGCAGUGGGAAACAGCGCAGGAGCCAUUGCCUCAGGGACAGCCACUAUUCGCCGAACACCAUCCUCCAAAACUGGGGUGAGACGGACACCAUCUACAUCUGGCCCUAUUCCCAUCAGGCCCCCCAUCGUGCCAGUUAAGACUCCCACAGUUCCAGACUCACCAGGGUAUGCCAGCCCAUCCCAGCAUCGCUCAGGCAGUGAGGAGUUUUUAUACGGCGAUGAUCCAUCUGCUUGUGACUACACAAGGGCUUCUCCAAAGAGAAUGAGCCUUCCAGACACAGCUUGGGGCUGUGGAGGAGGUGGAGGGGCUGACAGGACUGUUUACUCCCACCAAACCCCCGGCAUGGUGGCCCACAGCGCUGAGGAGGACCCUCUGCUCGCUGCCAACCGACACAGCCUGGUGGAGAAGAUAGGGGAGCUGGCAGCCAGCGCUCAUGCCCUCGGUGAGGGUCAGUUCCCCUUCCCCAGCUCCCUACCAGGGGAUCCAACUCAGUAUGCGCCCCAGGAACUGUCCUCAACUCAGGAGGAAGUGGAUAUGCUGGUGUCUAUACGGCGAGGUGUGAAGCUCCGCAAAACAGUGACUGAUGACAGGUCAGCCCCCAGGAUCCUGCGGUAGCUGAGGAGAGGUUUGUGACGGAGCAGCUUUGGUGUCCUUAUUUACAACUUGAGCUUUGUGUUGAAAUGCAACAGCAUUCAUGUAAUACAUGUGUUCUGAGGAACAAGGAACAAAGAGGAUGUAACAUGUGGUGAAUGAAGGCCAGUUGACCGAGUAAUGAGUGACAAUGGACAACAGUCAAGUCAUUUCAUGUCAUGUAUGUAUUGCGUACAUACAAAGUAAUCCAUAUUUUUUUGGUUUUUAAUCUUUUCUCUUGUUUUUUUUUUGUUUGUUUUGUUUUUGUCUGUGGGCUUUGUGGCUGUGCAUCUCUGUUCCCUCUGUGACCAGUUAUUUCAGCCCAGUUUGUCCCUUUAGACCCAGUGACCACAAGUUACUGCUGUAGGGAUCGGACGCUCUGUCUUUGUUCUUGCUCUUAUGAUUAUUAUAAUAUUGUGCAUUUUUUUUAAAUUAACAGUCACCUGAGAUUGGAAAGUGAUGGGUGAAGUGCUCUGUGAGCCUGUCUGUAUGUUGUGUUUCUCAUCAUCAUUAAUGUACAAGUAACGUAUAACUGUUUUGUUUCAUAAGCUGAACAGGUUUAAGUCGAAGUGUAAAAUAGGAACAAUAUGGCAGUGUUUUUUAUUGCUGUACUGUAUUGUCAAUAUAUUCUGCAAUUAAACAGGCAUUUUACUAUUAAAUGGCUCAAAAAUGUAAAGUCUGUAUUAAUGAAUUAAGAGGUGUACCAU